AUGGCAACAGACGCCAGUGGACUUGUGGGAUUCGCUGCUGGCAUGCUCUCUGGGGCUACAAAGCUGGUGGUAGGCCACCCGUUCGAUACAAUCAAGGUCAGAAUGCAAACCAACACCUCGUUCAAGGGACCCCUCGACUGUUUAUGGACAACGGUUAAAAAUGAGGGUGUGAAAGGUCUAUACAAAGGUGCCACUCCGCCUUUGGUAGGGUGGACGAUUAUGGAUAGCGUUAUGCUCGGAUCACUCCAUAACUAUCGCAUGUGUUUGAAAUGCAUGAUCUGGCCCGACUCCCCUGAGCUACCGUUUACAGGCAAAGUUGUCGCCGGUGUGUUGGCCGGCUGGACCGUAAGUUUUGUUGCAGCACCGAUUGAACACGUUAAGGCUCUUUUGCAAGUGCAGUACAACUCAGGAAGCAAAAAGUACAAUGGCCCCAUAGACUGUGUGACGAAGCUUGUACAGCAGAAAGGUGUCUUUGGAGGUCUUUACCAUGGUUUAUUUGCUACAAUGCUUUUCCGCACGAAUUUUUGCUUCUGGUGGGGCUCGUAUGAUCUGAUCACCAAGUGGUUCGAGCGUAACACAAACAUGUCGUCCGCCUCGAUCAAUUUCUGGGCCGGUGGACUUUCGGGUACAGUCUUCUGGGCCACUGCGUACCCUUCAGAUAUUGUGAAACAGCAAAUCAUGUGUGACGACGUUGCCAAUCCCAAGUACAAGACAUGGAUGGAAGCAUGCAAGGCAGUAUACAAGCGAGGCGGUGCGCGGGCGUACUUCCGAGGCUUUUUACCGUCAAUUCUGCGAUCUUUCCCAGUAAACGCUAGCGCACUCGCAGUCUUUGAGGCGACUCUACGGGUGCUGAAACCAAGCGAGCCAGCCAAGGUACCGCUGCAGGCGGCCGAGGUUAUAGCCGACCCAAUGGAUUGA